GCAGGUAACUGCUGAUGAGGGGAUCCUGCACGCUUCUGGACGUGGUGUGCCUCCGGUAACGAAGGAUUACUGCACAAUUUACAAUUCUAACUGGAUAUCUCUUCCAAAGAGCCUGGACAAUGCUACUUUCAUGACUCUGGAAAACCUGACUUCCACCGUACUCUGCAGUCAUCCUGAAGCUCCUGCAUUAAUCUGCUGAAGCUCCUGCCUUAAUGAAGGACAAAGCAGUUGUAGUGUUGAGAGGAAACUGCACUUUUUUGGAGAAAGCAAGAAUUGCACAAAAUUCAGGUGCUAAAAUGCUGUUGAUUGCCAGUAAAACUAGGCUGUCUCCUCUUUCAGAUAACAAGACUGAUUUUGAAAAUGUAACUCUUCCAGUUGCUCUUAUAAGAUAUAAUGACAUAGUAGAUAUGCAGCUGACACUUGGAAAUGAAGUUAAUGUGACUCUGUAUUCACCACCUUUGCCAGAGUUUGAUUGCAGUAUGGUUGUCAUCUUCGUAAUUGCUGUGUUUACAGUGGCACUAGGAGGCUACUGGAGCGGAGUAGCAGAACUUGAGAAUUUGAAAGCAAUAGCAAGUCCUGGGCAGAGAGAAACAAGACGAAAGAAGGAAGAAAAUGUUACUUUCACCACUGUAACAGUUAUCUUGUUUGUUGUCAUCUGUUGUGUCAUGCUGGUCUUACUUUAUUUCUUCUACAAAUGGUUAGUGUAUGUUAUAAUAUCAGUCUUCUGCUUGGCGUCUGCAAUGAGUCUAUACAACUGUCUGGCGGCACUGAUAGGAGAAAUACCGUUUGGGCAGUGCAGGAUUGCAUGUUGCAACAAAAACAUUGAAGUGAGGCUUAUUUUUCUAGCUGUAUUCUGCAUAGCAGCAGCUGUCGUCUGGGCAGUGUUUCGAAAUGAAGAUAGGUGGGCUUGGAUUUUGCAAGAUAUUUUGGGAGUUGCUUUCUGCCUAAACUUUAUUAAAACACUGAAAAUGCCCAACUUUAAGUCUUGUGUGAUACUUCUAGGCCUUCUCCUUCUGUACGAUGUGUUUUUUGUCUUCAUAACACCAUUUAUCACAAAGAAUGGGGCAAGUAUAAUGGUUGAAGUUGCAGCUGGUCCUUUUGGAAACAGUGAAAAGAAUGAUGGAAACUUGGUGGAAGUCCCUACUGAACGCUCAGCUCCCCAUGAGAAAUUGCCUGUGGUAAUUAGAGUGCCUAGACUUGAAUACUCUGCAUCGACACUGUGUGACAUGCCAUUUUCAUUGUUGGGUUUUGGAGACAUUAUUGUUCCAGGGCUUCUGGUUGCCUAUUGUCGAAGAUUUGAUGUUCAAACAAGUUCAUCUUCUGUGUACUAUAUUUCCUGUACAAUAGCUUAUGCCGUUGGUAUGGUGCUGACUUUUGUUGUUUUGGCAUUAAUGAAGAUGGGACAACCUGCCCUUCUCUAUCUUGUACCAUGUACACUCAUUACUAGCUCGCUUGUUGCUUGGAGGCGCAAAGAGAUGAAGAAGUUCUGGAAAGGAAGCAGUUACCAGGUAUCGGACUCCUCCAGGACGCCUUUGCUACAAGAUGAUGGAACACCUGGAUUAUCCAGGAAAUGAAGAAAGCACAGCAUCAGCCAGUGAACAGCCUGCAGGACAAUAACAUGUAGGAUCUUGAUUUAAAAUAGUAUUCAAAUUUUCUACAAUUAAUUACAGUAAAUUUGGUGAAAUUUUACAAUGGAAUAUUUCCUACUCUGUGUAAAAGGGUUUUUUUACUCCCACAUCUAUAUUUUUAUGGAAAAUAUUGUAAAUAACAUAAAAGUAAUCAAAAUAGACUUGCAUUUUUACAGCCAAACCAUAGCUAGUCAAACCGUGCCUUAUUUGGAUUUAAAUAAAAGGAUAUUUUCUAUGCAA